AUUUCAGGUAAUAAAAAUUAACUAUGGCAGAACUACUACUCGAUUCGAACAUUCGUGUGUGGGUUUUCUUACCAAUUGUCUUAAUAACAUUUCUUAUAGGAAUAUUGAGACAUUAUGUAACAAUACUAUUAUCUUCAGAGAAGAAAUCAGAAUUAAGACAAGUUUCAGAUAGCCAUGCCUUGAUUCGCAGCCGUAUAUUGCGGGAAAAUGGAAAAUACAUACCCAAACCCUCUUUUUUAGUAAGAAAAAGUUACUUCAAUAAUGAAGAGAGGGGAUUUUUCAAGGUGGAAAAAAGAGAAUCUCAAGCUAAAAAUCCAAUGACAGAUCCCUCAAUGAUGACUGACAUGAUGAAGGGCAAUGUUACUAAUGUCCUGCCUAUGAUCAUAAUUGGUGGCUGGAUUAACUGGGCAUUUUCUGGAUUCUUAACCACCAAAGUUCCAUUUCCUUUGACAUUUCGAUUCAAGCCAAUGCUUCAGAGAGGUGUGGAACUCAUUACAUUAGAUGCUUCUUGGGUUAGCUCUGCAUCCUGGUAUUUUCUUAAUGUCUUUGGUCUGCGUAGUAUGUACACUUUGAUACUGGGUCAAGACAAUGCUGCAGAUCAAACAAGGGCCAUGCAAGAUCAGAUGUCUGGCUCUGCUAUGAUGGCUCCACCUGACCCCAUGAAGGCAUUUAAAGCUGAAUGGGAGGCGCUGGAAGUGGCCACCCAUGACUGGGCUCUGGAGGGGGUAGAGGAGGAACUCACAGGGGGAGUGGUGCAGCCUGAAACUAUUUAUUUGAGGCCAAAAAAUUGAGUUUUAUCCUAAUUUAUCAUUUUUUGUUUAUAUGUAGUAACAACUGGUAAAAAGAGAGUAGUUGUGUAUGUGUGUCAGUGGACAUUCCCUGACCAUCUGUUUAGCAAACCAGGCCAGAGCUAGUCAGUUCUCAUCACCCAGCUGUAGGUGACUGUGAUGUAGCUACUGCCCUCUUUUCUCACUGGUCAAAUUAAAUAUGUUCCUUACUUAUUCAAGCCAUUUCUUUGGAGGUUUCUGUUAGUAAUUAGUGUGAAGCAUUGAAUGAUUGAUUAUGAUGUGCCUGAGUAACAUUGAAGAUGUGAGAGUCACAGUAUAGAAGUUUUGAUGUUGAAGUUUCUAUGAUUAUAUUCAAUUUCAAUGUUUAAUUCAUCCCAACAUAUUUUGCAAGGACUAUUAUUAAAAGUAACUUCUACUA